AUGUCGCGCCGGCUGCGCUCCAUCACCAACUUCUUCCUGGCGAACCUCGCCAUCGCAGACCUCUGUGUCGGCCUCUUCUGCGUCUUCCCACACCUCUACCUGCAGCUCUACAACGACUGGCUGCUCGGUGAGGCUAUGUGCAAGAUGACGGUAUUCGUCCACACUCUGAGCUACACGGCGUCCAUCCUCAUCCUGGUGGUGAUCUGCACCGAGCGCUACGUCGCCAUCAUACACCCCAUCGCCUGCCGGCGCAUCCUCACGCCGGCCAGACUCAUGGCGGUGGUGGCGUGGGCGUGGCUGCUGGCGGCCGGCUACUCGUCGCCGCGGCUGCUGUGGAUGAAGACGGUGCGGCUGGGCAACCAGACGCUGUGCGCGCCGGACCGGUCGCGCUACGACCAGGGCCUGCUGGACGGGCUCACGUUCGGCCUGCUGUACGUGCUGCCGCUCGCCGUCAUGCUGGCGCUCUACUCGCGCAUCUCCGUGGCGCUCUGGCGCAGCAGCCGCGGUCUCUCGCCGGCGGGGCACUGCCACCAGCACCAGGCCGUCUCCUCGCUGCACGUGCUGCGCGCGCGGCGCGGCGUCGUGCGCAUGCUGAUCGCCGUCGUGGUGACGUUCGCCGCUUGCAACCUGCCGCUGCACGCGCGCAAGAUGUGGCAGCUGUCGGCGUCGUCGUCGUACGACGGCCAGUCGGCGUUCAGCGCCGUCUUCACGCCGCUCACCUUCCUGGCGACGUACCUGAACGCGGCCAUCGACCCGCUGCUGUACGCCUUCAUGUCGCGCAACUUCCGGCGCGGCGCGCGCGAGCUGCUGUGCGGCGGCUCGGCGGGGUCCGGUGCGCGCCGCCGCCUGCGCUCGCUGUCGCUGCUGCAGCGGCGCGGCUCCUCCCGCUCCACGGCCAACUCCAGCCUCACCAACAGCAGCUGA